AUGCAGGCUCCUCCACUGUCUUGUGUUUUGCUUGUCAAAACUGGACUCCAAGGUUGGCAAAAGAUUUGGACUAAAAUAUUUCAGGACAUUGAAGGUAAGCCUCUCGAAGUUGAUGUAACGUUGAUGUAUUUACAUGGCAAAGUCGAUCCUUUGGUCUUCAUUAAGAAAUUAUAUAAAGCGAGAACUUGCACUAUGCUCUACAGAAUGGAUUAUGGAUAUGAAGAGAAUCCAGAAGGAACCCGGAAACCAAAUAAUCACUUCAUGAGAUACAGAUUCGAACUAAACACAUUAGAAGAAGGUUGGGAUAAGAGAAUCAUAGGAGCUUUGAAGACCAUCCAAGGUGUGUCAUUUACCAUAGAUGCACCAACCGAGAUGGUAUAUUUAUGUGGGAACAUUGAAAUUGGAGUACUCAUGAAGAUGCUAGUGAAGACAGGCAUCCAUCUGUUGACAAUGGACUAUGGAGUUGAGUAUAAAGAUCCAAAUUUGAAGCCACCACCCAAUAAACUUGAGGCUCCGGCAAAUGAAACCGAGACACAGCCCACGCAAGACACAUUGCCUCCUCCUCCUCCUCCUCCUGAGGCUGUAAGUACAUCAACGAAACAGCAAGCCAAAUACAAGAAGCCUGGCGGUUUUAGAAGGUUUUGUUGGUUUCUGUUUUAA